UCUGCUGCAAAAGAGCAAGAUUUAUUGCCAAGCACAUGGUGGAUGGGGCAGCGGGAGAGCUGAGGAGCGGACAGAUGGGAAUAGAAGGCCGUCCUUGACCUAGAAACCAGGGGGCCCCUCUCUGCUCAGGCUGCUGUAGUUGGGGAGCAGGGGUGGCAGAGGGGCAGGACUUACUUUAGUGAUCCUCUUGGGCAGGAGACCCCAACUUUGUUUUUCUUUUGAAUUAAGAACAAGGGUACCGAAGCCCUUUGAGAAAAAGAGAUUUGUCAUCCCCCAAAGAUGAAAUUCUGCCAUUAGCCCACCCUCAAAGAAGUUAUUAGAAAACGUGUUUCUGUGUCUUCAGGUGAUGAGGCGGUCCCCGGACUUGCCAAGUUUUCACCUGAUUGAUUCAGUGUAAUGCACAAUCCAUAGUAAAGGCUGACUGACACAUGAGGCAUUAGAUCGGAGCAAAAAUCAAUCACUUCCUACCUUCAGGGAGAUUGCAUUCUAUGGGGGUAAUCAAUAUGUACACAGAGAAAACAGAUGCAAGAUCCUUUGAGGGGAGGAGAGAAUAACUGAGGCAGAAUCCAGGAAAGAUUUGCAGAGAUCCGACGGUCCCUGAGCUGAGUUAUGAAGGAAGCUGGGAAUUCUAGGGGCUAGUGCUGGGGUGGGGGAAGGGCAUUCCAGGCAUGGGAAUAAUCUCUGCAAGGAAAGGAGUCUAGAGACACCCCAUUGAGUGUGGAGAGCAGCACGUUAACCAGCUUGGAUGAAAUAUUGAGUGCAUUAGGUCAGGAACAUGAAAUCUCUCAGAAGGUCAUGUGGGGUCAGAUUACUAAGGGCUUUAAAGGCCAGACUGAGGACUUUCCAUAUUAUCUCAGAGGAUAAAGUAGAUUUUUCUUUGCUUCUCAGAAGUGAUGGAAGAGAUAGCAAGAGAGGAGCCAGGGAACCGCUAAAUAUUCUGAGCUGUUUGGAGGCUCCUUUGGAAAGGAGACAAAUAAGGCAAGGAGAUUGAUUAGGAGACUCGUGCAAUAGCCCAGGCCAGAGCCUGAACUAAGGGAGUGAUGAUGUGAGUGCAGAAAAGGGGAAGGAACCUAGAGUUCUUCUAAAGGAAAAUCAACAAGGUUUGGUAACUCUUGGGGAUAAGGGAGAAGGCAGAUUCAAGGAUGAUUCCAAGAUGACAAAUGUGAGUGACCAAAAUGGAAGUGGAGGUCUCCACAGGGUAAUUUGGCCAGGUGCAGGGAGAAGCCAUAAAGAACUGUUUGGGAGAGAACACAGUUCCUUGAGGACAGGGAUCGCUUCAUUUCUGCCUUUGUUUCCCCUGUAGUAUCUGGAACACAGUAGGUACUUAAUCAGUGCUUGGCUAUCAUUCAAGACCCUCAUUCAUGGUUCUAAUCUGAUAGAAAGUCUCUGCAGUCUCAUCCCUGUGCUUUCUAUAGGGUGGAGAAUCCCACAAACAUAAGAAAGUGGGGGGUAAGGGAGGUUCGGGAAGAGUUCAGCGUCUUAUCUUUCUCUGUAACAAAACAGGCAAGCGAGGUGCAGACGGGCGUCUCACCAGUGCCCAGACUGCCUUGAUGCUGCAAGAAGAGACCAUCCGGCAGGCGGAGAGGGAGCAUCAGGAGCGCUCCGAGCAGCUGUCCAUGUUGGAACACAACAUCCACAUGAGCCAGGAAGAGAAAAGAAGCUUGCAGGACAAGCUCAGCAGACUGAAGGCCAAGGAAGCCAGGCUGGACUCGGAAAAGUGGAAACUCAAGGAAGCCUUGGAGGCCUCUGAGUGUCGAGCCAUCAAGCUGGAGCUGAGCCAGCAGGCCACCCAAGAGCAUCUUCAGCGGGCGCAGAGGAGUCUGAGCAGCCGGGAGGUCGAGGUCCAGGCCUACCGUGAGCAGGUGCAGGGGCUCGGGGCCCAGCUGGAGGAGAGCACGGCCAGACUGGCCUCCCGGCAGCAGGAGCUCGAGCAUCUGAGCCACGAGCUGGCCAGGACCGAGGAGGCAGAGAGCCACCUCAAGGAGCGUGUGCGGAGCCUUACCCAGGCCCUGGCCGAUGCCACCAGCAGUUCCUGCGGCCUCCAGGAGGACGUGGCCCAUCUCCGCAAGGCUCUGGCAGCUGCCGAACACGACCGGCGGCUACUGCAGGAACAUCUGGACUCUGCCCGCCAAGCCCUGGGCGACAGCAAGAGACACAGCCACAGCCUGGCAGAAAGGGGCAAGCGCCUGGAGAGCCAACUGGCCCAGUUGGAGACGAGGAGCCGGGACCUGGAAGGGCAGCUGGAGCAUCUGCAGAAGAUCGUGCACAGACAGCGACAAAGCAAGGAAGAGGCCUUAGCCUCGGCCCAGAAGUUCCAGAGGGAGAAUCACGCCCUGCAGGAGAAAAUUUCCACCCUGCAGAGAGCUUUGAGCCGCCUGGAGAGAGAGCACAAGGAGAUGGAGCGGUCGGCCGUCCAGCUGGAGAAGGACAACAGCGCUCUAAAGAGAACACUCUGUAGGGUAUCGAGGAAAGCAGAGGCUGGAAGGCGCCUGUAAGGCAAGAUCUAGGUUGGAACCCACACAAGGUCCCCGGCCAGGCUGCCAAGGAGCAGAGGAUGGAGCCGCGGCAGUGUGGCCGUCCAGUGGCCGUCCAGUGCUCGUGGAGCUCCACCAACUAUUAUCUCACGGGACUGAAGUUUACAGCCUCCUCACAAGGGAGGCUUUAAAAUGAGGAAACUGAGGCUCACAGACCUGGGACCAGAACGCAGAUUUUCUGCUCUUGAUUCGUCCUUUCUCUUUAGAGAACAAAAAUCAGACCUGUGUGGUCAUAGUUGUUAGAGAAAGAGCACUGGGCUUAAAGUCAUUGACCCGAGUUUCAAUUCUGCCUGUUCCCUCCAGCCACGUGCCCUGUCCAAGUCAUUUCACCUCCGUUUCCCCGGUUGUCGAAUGGAGAUAAUAACUGUAGCACCUACCUCGCAGGGUUGUUGUGAGGCUCGUGUGAGAUAACGACUGUCAAAUGUGCUAUAAAUUCUAAGUUUGCGAUUCGGCCUUCCUUGAA